AUGGAAUCAACUCUCGAUGACACGACUUUGUCGACAAUCUCACUCUUAGAGGCGCGCUUGCGGCGGGCAGAGCAUAUCCUCUACGGCCAAGGAGAUGCUCCGGCAAUCUCCCAUCCUGAACCUGCGGCUUCAUCUCUCGAAUCCCUUGAAAGGCGAUUUUAUGUCCUCUUGGGCAACAUCAAAGUUUACGGGGAACUCAUGAAGAUUCACAAGACGCAGCCAACUCUUUUUCACCCACCGUCCACAGAACAGCCCCCUAUCGACCUCUCCUCUGAAGCGAUUCGCGCGACUGUCAUCGCGGCCGCCGCGUCAUUUCCUGCAACAGCGUCUUCGCUCACCUCCGUGUCCGACUGUCCCAUUCCCGACCCUUCGCAGAGCGCAUCCCUCGCAGCUAUGAUCCCGCGAAUGCGCGGCAUCGAAGCAACACAGCUCGCACAAGAAGUCGAAAUGGCCGAGCUGCGAAUGCGGAGUGAAGCGGUUAUCAGUAGCUGGUACGAAAACGGCGUCCUCUCUGCAUCUCGUUUCGUCGCGGACGUGGAGGGCCAGGUCGAGAAGGUCGAGAGGCAGGUGAGAAGGGCAGAAAAGCAGCAAGAGGCUGCGGAAGCAUUGUGA